AUGAACUUUGAUUGUUUUGGUGAACUUGAUAUUUUCACUGAUGGUUCUAGGUUUGGGGAAAGUGUUGGCCUAUCUUUUGUUGUUUACUAUUAUGGUAUAGAAAUUGAUUAUUCAAAGAUAAAGUUAGAAAAAUUUAAUUCUGUGUUUCAGGCUGAACUUGCUGCUAUUUAUUUUGCUAUGAAAUGGAUUAAGAAAAACCUAUCUAAGAGUUAUAGUAUUGUAGUUUAUAGUGAUUGUUUAUCUGGAUUACAGGCCUUGAAAAGCUACGAUUGUAAUAACUCUUUAGUUAUGGAUAUUAAGUGUUUAUAUAAAGAAAUUGAAGGUUUGCAUAAUAUUAAAUUUAGAUGGGUUAAGUCCCAUGUGGGUAUUGAAGGUAACGAGAGGGCCGACUCUGUUGGCCAAAGAGGCGACUUUGGAUGUUUCCAGGGAGUGUUCCAUUGUCCAGCCUUCAAGAAAAAUGGUUAUUACUAG